CAUGCUCGAGCUCCAUGGGAACCGGAGGCUUUUGACAAGAGCUCGGUCGAACCACCGGGCGGGAGAGGGAUUUGUGAAAGCUCGCGGGGACACGCCCGCCGCGAUAACAGCAGUUUGUGUGGCUGGCUAUGGGCUGGGUCCUACGACGAGUAGUCCGCGAUGAUGACUGAUGGUUAAACGGUCUUUGCUGACGCCACGGCUAGUUUGGAUGGAAUAACUUCUCUCACGUUGUUAACUGAUAACUAAACUAACUGGUUGCUUGCCUUCAUCCCGACGGCUUUAGCUUCCCGGCGGCGGUGCAACACCAGCGAGAUGUAAAGCAAGUUCACUACCGUAUGUUGAUAUGCUUCUGACAUAAAGAGGAGAGAAGAAGUGAGAGGCAGUGCUGAGGAAGAUGGAAGUGCAGAGCGAUGUUCAGCAUCUCGAGCCGCUCCCCCCCGCCACCGCCGCCUCUCCCCCGCCGGGAGCCAAUCAGCGGAGUGAGCGUGAGGAGGGACACAGGGACACCGGGGCCUCCGCCGACAGCCACAGCGAGGACACUCCAGCCAGCCAGAGAGACGAGAUGAAACCCAGUGGAGGGGUCAGAGGGUACCACAGCCACAAGGCCUCAGACGCCCAGUGGGCCGCCAGUGAAGGAGGAGGAGGAGGAGGUGGAGGGGUCCCCUCUUGGAGCGGGAGCUCCCCCUACCACCACCCCCACCACCAUCCCCAGCACCAGCACCGUGGCGCUGCCGCAGCAGACCUGCACCACUACCCGCCUCACCACCACUACCCGUCUCACCCCCACCCGUCCCACCACCACCACAGCCAGCAGCCCUCUCAUGCCGGCUACACCUACUGCCCGCUGCAGCCAACGGGGACCUCAGUCUUCAGCCUCGGCAGCAACCACCAGCACAGCAGGCAUCACAACUGUCAGGAGUGUUUCCAGGCUGUUGACCCAGACUGGGCUGGGUAUGGAAAAAUAGUGUCAACCAAGGCCAUCCUGGACAAGAACACCAACCAGUGCAAAGGAUAUGGCUUUGUGGAUUUUGACAGCCCAGCGGCAGCACAGAAGGCGGUGUCGUCUCUGAAAGCCACCGGGGUGCAGGCCCAAAUGGCCAAGCAACAGGAGCAGGACCCCACCAACCUGUACAUCUCCAACCUGCCCGUGUCCAUGGAUGAGCAGGAGCUGGAGAACAUGCUGAAGCCCCUGGGCCACGUCAUCUCCACGCGGAUCCUGAGGGACGCCAACGGGGUCAGCCGGGGCGUGGGCUUCGCCAGGAUGGAGUCUACAGAGAAGUGUGAAGUCGUUAUCCAGCAUUUCAAUGGAAAGUACCUGAAAACCCCGCCAGGCAUUCCAGCCCCCAAUGAGCCUUUGCUGUGCAAAUUUGCUGACGGAGGGCAGAAGAAGCGCCAGAGCCAGAGCAAGUAUCCCCAGAACGGACGGCCGUGGCACCGGGACGGCGAGACCGGCAUGGCGCUGACCUAUGACCCCGCUGCCAUGCAGAAUGGGUUCUACUCCUCGCCUUACAGCAUCGCCACCAACCGCAUGAUCGCACAGACGUCCAUCACGCCCUUCAUCGCUGCCUCGCCUGUCUCCACAUAUCAGGUCCAGAGUACAUCAUGGAUGCCUCACCAACAGUACGUUAUGCAACCCACAGGGGCAGCGGUGCUAACACCAGCCAUGGACCACACCAUGUCCAUGCAGCAGGCCGGCAUGAUGGGCCCUCUGGCCCAGCAGAUGAACCAUAUGUCCCUUGGGACCACAGGAAGUUACAUGACUGCUUCAGCUGCCGCUGCUCCUAUGCAAGGGACCUACAUCCCCCAGUACACUGCUGUGCCUCCCGCGGCCGUCCCAGUCGAAGGCGUGGUGACUGACUCCUCCCCCCAGUCCGUGGCUCCAUCGUCACAGGAAGUGGCGGCGCAGCAGCAACAGAUCCAGGUGGACGGCACCAACGACCACGUUACCGCCUACUCCUACCAGUCUAAGUGA